GCCAUUCACACAUCAAAGCCGACAUUUGGGCACCAAGGAACUGUUCUUGUGUAAAAAACACACACACAUUUGAUUUAUUUCGCUAGGACUCUCGACGAUUACUUCACAAAUAGAAAAAUGCCAUCGAAAAAGAAAAAAUACAACGCACGCUUUCCAGCGGGCCGCAUCAAGAAGAUAAUGCAGAGCGACGAGGAAAUCGGGAAAGUGGCCCAGGCGGUGCCCGUUAUCAUCUCGCGCACGCUUGAGCUCUUUGUGGAAUCGCUGCUAACCAAGACGCUGCGCAUCACAAAUGCGCGUAACGCCAAGACACUAUCGCCAUCGCACAUGAGGCAGUGCAUCGUGUCGGAGAAGCGUUUUGAUUUUCUCAAAGAGCUGGUCCGGAAUAUACCUGAUAUCAGUGUGGCCGAGGAGGCAGCUUACAACGAGGACGACGUGCUGCGCAGCUCUCCUGAGGACCAGUAUCCCGAUUCGGACACGCCAUAUGAUCUUAGCCUGCCAUCGACAUCUAUGCGCUCGCAGGCGAAUGGAACCGCCGCCUAUAUGCGCUCCAUGAGUCUGAAUAAUGGAGCUGGAGCAGUAGGAGGUGCCGCCACCAAGCGACAGUUCCAGCCGCAGCACACCGCCCAUCCAAAUCCCACCACCCUGCCCGCCAAGUUGGCCCGGUCCGAAUCCACGCCAGCAUACCCGACCCGCGGCAGGCCGCCCAACCACCUCAAGAAACAGUCGGUGCAGCUCGAUACUGCCAUACCUGCCCCGAUCUGCAACUAUGAACUUAACAAGCCCAUUGUCAAGAUCGAUUACAGCCACGUACAGAUGCCAACGGCGAACCUGUGCACACCGGAGGCUUCCGAUUCUGGCUCGGGGUCUGGUGCUGGAUCUGGGGCUUUCAACUUCGACAUCGCUGCUCCGGUUAUCAAUAUCGAUCUAACGAAUAUCGUAGCCGCCGGAGCGGCGGGCAGCAGAAUGCCCCCCACCACCUCGAUUGGAUUCGCAGCGGCCACGCCGGCGGAUAACAACAACGUGAACCAAAUGGCUGGAAAGAGCAGCGCUCCCAUCAUUCCAAAGGCCACCGCGGCAUCAGCGACCACUACUGAAACCGUUUUCGAAUUAGACGAAGACUAUGACAAUAUCUGAUUAGGAUCUAUGUGAAUGCGCUUUUAAAUUAUUGAUACAUUAAUAUGUACUUUAGAUCUAAGUAAUCACAAUAACUUUUUUUGCAAAAUAAAGACCAUGCUGGAUUUUAAGCUGA